AUGAAUUGCCUGGGCUUCCGGGGAGCGUGGAAGACACCCGGGACCUCAGGGAACCCGCGCCUGCGCCCUCGGGGUCGGUCCAGUCCGCCUGGGUUGGAGCCCGGCUCCUGGUGGGGCUGCGGCGAGUCGGAAAAGGUGGGAUGCUGCUGCCUGGCGGUGCUGCGGUGGCGGAUCUUCAGGGGGAGGUCCUGGGCUUCGGCUGGGGCGCAGGGGCGGACAAGGUGGAGGGAGGGGGGCGGUUGGGAAGCGCGGAGACAAAACGGGGAAAGAGGGAGGGAGCGGGAAGCCAAAAGCCUACGGUACCCGCCAUUCCCAGGCGGAAUCCAUCCAAGUAGUAACCAGGCCCGACCCUGCUUAGCUUCACGAGAUCAGAGGAGAUGGGGCGCGUUCAGGGUGGUGUGGCCUAGACGACGGCAGCGGCGCCUGCCUGCCCCGAGAGCCCGGCCCAGCCACGCCCGCCCCGCUCCAGGCGUCACCGCCACCCCGGGGCAGCGGGGCUCGGAUCCCGGACCCCCAGAGCCGCUCGUCCGUGCCCCCGGGCAGCUGUCUCCCUCUACGCCCGAGCACCGCCCGCCUCCCAGAGCGUCCCGCCGUCGCCGGCGGCCAGGCCUCGCGCAGGACCAAUGUGGCGCCGCCCUGCUGUUGCUGGGGGGCGUCCUAGGCCUCCGUGCCCUGCCCAGGCUUCCGGCUCUCGGGGCGGCCUCCCUUCCGCCCACGCUCCUGGCCUUUCCCGGGCUCCGGAGCUCCGAGCUUCCACCACAUCGGCCGGCUCAGGACGGGAUUUGUCCCCGGUGCCUUAUUCAGUUCACUUGGUGAGGUCAUGUUUUCCUGGAUGGUGUUGAUGCUAGUAGAUGUUAUUCAGCGUCCGGACAUUAAAUUCUUGGGCAUGCAGCACCAUAUGAGAGGUUUAAAAAAUAAAAUUAAAAAAGAGAAAAGACUCAGAGAAGUACCACCUUGACAGCCUUCAACAAGAUCCAGGAGAAUUUUCUGGAUUACUAGCCAGAGACUCUUGUUCUCUACCAUUAUUUUCUCUCAAAGAUACAGAGUCUUUCUCUCUGUUCUAAGCCACCUAAAGCUGGGAGAAGAAAGACACAAGCACCCCUGGCCACCACCACUAUGACUGCCCUGGAUCAGACCUGAAGCUAGCACAGCACUGGGUCUUGCUCAAGUCCUGCUGCAUGCACUUUCUGAUGACUGCCUAUGUUCACUCAAGGCCUUUGGUCUCUACAAUUAACAGGUGACAAAGCCAGCCAGGCCUGUGUUCUUUCCUUUAGGGCAGUGAGUGCCCUCAGUCCCUGGCUGGGUCGAGAAGUGCCAUUCAGAAGUCAGGGAGUAGAGUCAAAAGUUUUAGAAGUCCACCUGACAUUCUAUUGCAUUGCAGCUGACCUGACACUCAAACCACAAGACAUAGUCCUUCCCAUUCCUCCCUUCCUUUCCUAAAGGCAGAGUAGCCACCACCACCUCAGGCCACAAUGAGUACUGCCAGGCUACCACCAAUGUUCCCUUAAGGCCCAAAACCUCUUGUCAACUUGCGAUGAAUGCUUCCUGGCCUGGGACUUGCCGUUUUCAGGGCAAUGGGCUCCCUACUGGCCCUGGGCAGCUUCAUAAAUGCCAGCCAAGAAUCAAAUCCUAGAAUCAGGGAUUACAAAAUUUUGCUUGGUGCUCUACCCACCUCUGGCCUUGCUGGUACCUAAGGGGCAAGACAAAGUCCCCUUUAAUUUUCCCUCUACUUUUCCCAAGAAGAAGGAGUUUUGCCUUUUAGCCACCACAGCUGGUAAUGUGCUGAGUUCACCUAAAUCUAGCAAGUCUAUGAGGGUCAUCCAAGGCCCUUGAUGUAGUACUGGGUAUGGCUGCUGGUUAUUCAGAGCCCAAAGGUUUUCAAGUUUGCAGGCAAUAAAUCCUGCCAGCACAUGGUUCUUUUCUUCAAGGCAGCAGGUUUCCUUCUGGCCCAGGAUGUGUCUAGGAAUGUCUAGGAGCCAGAGACUGGAAAGGAGGCCUCAGGAUUCUGACCAGUGCACUAUCUUGCUGUGACUGAGCUGGUGUCCAGGAUGAAAGACAAAGUACUCCCUACUCUUUUCCCUCCUCUCCUCAAGCAGAAGGAUGGUGUCCCUUUUGGAGCCAUGAGCUGUGCAGUCUGGUGUUAGAGGACUGAUAAUGCCAGAACUCCUUUGGCUGCCCCAGCUGCUGUCUCAGUGUGUUGCAUGCCCUCCCCACCCCAAGUCCACUGUCCCUGGGCCCAGUUCAGCCCUAGGCCUCACCUAAGAGUUGCAGUCCUGAUGGCCUAGGCUGCCUUUCAAGUUUUCUUUGACACACACAGUGCGGGAGCCCUUAGUUGCCAGGUUUCCAAACACUGAAGUUCCAACCACUGGAAUCUGAUUCCCCUCUAGCUAGGGCUGGUUUAAUUGAUCCCUCUGUGGAUGGGCAUUAACUGCAUUUGGUCUGGUUUUCCUUUCUGCUCUAACAGGACAGCACUGAGUGCAGUGCGUCACAAUUGCUGUGUUCUCCCUCCCGCAGAACCCAGAGUUGUUCUCUGCACCAUGCCAUCACUGCUGGGGAUAAGGAAAUGGUGAUUUCAGGACUGUUUUUUUCUGUCUCUUCAGUGCCUCUUUCAGUGAUCUGAGGUUAAAACCAGAUACUUUGAGUACUCACCUGAUUUUUGGUUCUUAUGAAUGUAUUUUCUAUGUGGAUAUUAAUAGUUAUUCAUCUGGUGUCCUUGCAGGAGGGACAAUCAGUGGAGCCUUCUUUCUGCCAUCUUGCUUUACUCUCACACCCAAGAAUCAGAAUGCAGAACUUUUAAUAAGAAAAGCUUUCAGAACUCAGGAAGGACAAGGAAGACAUUCUGGUUCUCCAUGCUUAACAUUGGACUGUUUCUUCAACUUAGGUGCAUAGCACUGACUAAUCAGGGAUUAUCAUAGAUAAUUUGACUUGGACUAUGCAGUUCAUUCAAAUUCUUUAUCUAGAUAAUUUAAGUACUAGCUGAUUUGGCAUGAAAAUCUGGCAAAGUAUUUUCUUGGUAUUCAAUUGAUUUUUAUUCUGCUUGGGUUAGCAGUUUUAUUAACCAGUCAGUCUCUUCAUUAAAGUUCUGGAAAUUCUUACCCAGUUCAAAUAAUAUAAUUCUAAAGUUCUCAAAAACCUGUAUUCAAGAGUACUUCUCAGGGCCUUCUCCAUCCUUUCAUGAACCUCCUUAAAGAAACAAUAUUCCAGGAUUUUGCAAGCUUGUAAAGUUUUCAGAAACUGCCUCAGAAUUAAGCAAUUUACAGUGGAAAUGACUUUAAACUAUCAUAGUUAGACAUAAUUGGCAAGAUAAUUUUAUUAUUUACAGGCGUGAGCCACCAUGCCCAACCUCUAAAGUUAAUUUAAUAAAACUUUAUAAAUAAAUUUA